UAUCGUCAAUAUCUCGUGAUGGUUCGUGCAUGGUUAAUGUGCUCACCUGUGAUCAACCAAUCUGCACCAUGCAGUCGUGAUCCUUCAGUUGAUUUGUCGACAGACAAACUUCAUCAACUUGGCAUUUUAACACAAUAUGUUAGUUACGCGAUUCCGAAAGCUAUUAAUUUAUUCGUUAUGAGUUGCAUUGGGUUCAGCAGAAAAAUAUGUAUGCAACUGAUUAGAGUGCCAGUGGUCGAUAAAAAUGGGCUUUUGGACAAAAUAUGCAAAGAACGAGGGUAUACAGUCCGUGAUAAAUUAGUAGUGAGCCGAGAUGUAACGCCUGAUUAUGAUACCGAGAUAAAGAAACUGUUCGAAGAACAUAUGCAUAUCGAUGAAGAGGCUCGAUAUAUUGUUGAUGGAUCUGGUUAUUUUGAUGUUCGAAAUGAAAACGAUGCAUGGGUAAGGAUAGCGGUUGAACCAGGCGACGUGAUGAUUUUACCGUCCGGUAUAUUUCAUCGAUUCACACCCGACCAUCGUGAUUAUUUUCAUGCAUUACGGCUUUUCAAAGAGAAUCACGACCGGAUUCCACACAAUCGCACUGAACUGGCAAAACUUAUCAAUGCCCGUGAAGGAUACAUCAAAGAGUAUGUGGAGAAGCACCGUGCGUAA